CGCGGCUGCCGACGGUCAUAGGCGGCUCCUACGCCUUCGUCAUCCCGGUGAUGGCCAUCGUGCAGGACUCGUCGCUCGCGGCCAUACCCGACGACCACGAGCAGAGGUUCCUCCAGAGCAUGAGGGCCAUACAGGGGGCGCUCAUAGUGUCCUCCAGCAUUCAGAUCAUCCUUGGUUACAGCCAGCUCUGGGGUAUUUUCUCCAGAUUCUUCAGUCCACUGGGAAUGGCGCCGGUGGUUGCGCUGCUCGGUUUUGGUCUCUUCGAAAGAGGAUUCCCUGUGGUUGGGAGAUGCGUUGAGGUUGGCCUGCCAAUGUUAAUCCUCUUUGUUGUGCUUUCCCAGUAUCUGAAGAAUGUACAGAUAAGAGAGAUCCCCAUACUGGAACGAUUCUCCCUGUUCAUCUGUAUCGCAUUGGUCUGGGCGUAUGCUCAAAUUCUCACUUCUGGUGGCGCGUAUAAUCAUAGCACCGAGGUCACUCAGAUCAACUGCCGCACUGACCGUGCCAAUCUGAUCUCUUCCGCCCCAUGGAUUAAGAUCCCAUACCCCCUGCAGUGGGGGGCACCAACCUUCAGUGCCGGCCAAUCGUUCGGUAUGGUGUCUGCGGUUUUGGUCUCGCUAAUAGAGUCCACAGCUUCUUACAGCGCUGCAGCUCGGCUUGCAAGUGCAACUCCACCUCCAGCUCACAUCCUGAGCAGAGGCAUCGGGUGGCAGGGAAUCGGCAUCCUCCUUUGUGGGCUCUUUGGAACAGGGACCGGCUCCACUGUCUCAGUGGAGAACGUGGGGUUACUAGGAUCAACGAGGAUCGGGAGCCGCCGCGUCAUACAAAUCUGUGCUGGCUUCAUGAUCUUCUUCUCCAUGCUGGGGAAAUUUGGAGCGCUGUUCGCUUCCAUCCCGUUCACCAUCUUUGCCGCGGUGUACUGCGUCCUGUUCGGACUAGUUGCUGCGGUGGGGCUCUCCUUCUUGCAGUUCACCAACAUGAACUCGAUGCGCAACCUGUUCAUCGUCGGCGUGUCCAUCUUCCUUGGCCUGUCCGUGCCGGAGUACUUCUUCCGCUACAGCAUGGCUGCCCAGCGUGGUCCUGCGCACACUAAAGCUGGAUGGUUCAACGACUACAUCAACACCAUCUUCUCGUCGCCGCCGACGGUGGGGCUGAUGGUGGCCGUGUUCCUGGACAACACGCUGGAGGUGAAGGACGCUGGCAGGGACCGGGGGAUGCCGUGGUGGGUGCCCUUCCGCUCCUUCAAGGGGGACAGCAGGAACGAGGAGUUCUACAGCCUGCCAUUCAACCUCAACCGCUUCUUCCCUCCCUCGUAAACGCUCCAGGGAUAAAAGUAAGAAAGGACAUGGUUUCUUUCUUGGCUGAUGCGAUCAUGUGCGCGGCUGUUCGGAUCGGAGUGUUGUUGAACAGUGGAAAUAGUAGAUGUGUAUUGCCUCUAGCUGGUCAUCAUUGUUUCAUUCGUUCAUUUUCUUUGUUAUCUAUAUGCUUGUAGAUCGGGGUGGGGAGGUGCCGGCUCGGUGAACCAACCCUGUCGUAUGUAGUUCCUGUUUUUGACCAUUCCGCAAACAAGAUCAUGUAUGUGGCC